AUGGCAGACAGUGAGGUGAAGACGCUCCUGAACUUUGUGAACCUGGCGUCCAGUGACAUCAAAGCGGCCUUGGAUAAAUCUGCGCCGUGCAGGCGCUCCGUGGAUCACAGAAAGUACCUCCAGAAACAACUCAAGCGUUUUUCCCAAAAGUACUCCCGAGUCCCCAAGUGUCACGCACACAGGCCCACGGAGCAUGACAGAGUCCAAGGCUCUGCUCAGGAGAGCGUGAAGGGCACACAGCACGCAGCGAGCGCGGCGAGCGCAGUGGAGCAAGUACCGAUGAGAAAACGCCAACUACCUGCGUCUUUCUGGGAGGAACCAAAGUUAUCUCAGGAUAGGAAGGACACCUCUGGAUUCAUAACGUCAGAGUGGGCAGAUAAGAGGACAAGAGCUUGUGAGGACCUAGGGAAGGUCAGUGUGCCUUCAUCCCCGCGCCGUGACAAAGACGCGCUUCUUUUGGACCUGACCGCUCAUCACUGCGUGAGCGUCUGUGGCUGCUGCCCGCUUCAGUACCACAGUCAACAGGUCCUGCACAACCACAUGCUGGUCCCCCAGCCCUGCUUUGGACUGUGGAGCAAAGCGACCCGCAUUGACACAGAGAUGCUCGAGUAUCCACAUGGACACAAGAUACACACGCACGUUGUGGUCAAACCUAUCCCAACCAAACCCACGAUCCAGUCUCCGAUAUUCAGCGUGUUUGGCUUUAUUUGA